AUGUUUUUAUUGGUUAUACUACUAAACCUUAAUGAAAAUGAUUCAUUAUCUAAUGAAGAAAAUGUAACUGAGUCUUUAUCAGUUACUGAAGUAUCAGAAACCACCAUUCAAUCAGAUGAUUCAACAAAACCUGAUAAUACUGCCACUACUGCUACGGUUACUGGUGCUGAUGCUACUGUUACUGGUGCUAAUGCUACUGUUACUGGUGCUAAUGCUACUGUUACUGGUGCUAAUGCUACUGUUACUGCUGCUAAUGCUACUGUUACUACUGCUGCUGGUCGUGAUGAUGAUGAUGAUGACGCUGAUGAUGAUGAUGAUGAUGACGAUGUUGUGAAGCCUAAAACCCUUCAAACACUGGUCAAACCAAAAAAGAUAUCUAAACUUGGUGAAUCCGAAGAUACUAUACCACCAAAGUAUAGAUCGAUCAAGAAAUCUGAUUAUAACAAGAUAAAAAACAAGAAAAAGUAA